CCUACUCCCCCGCAAACGCGCCAAAACUCCUCCCUCAUAACUCCUCUUUGAGUUGCAAAACAACGUUACAUAUUCCGAGUUGCAAACGACAAAGACACUCUGGUUUUGCAAACGGCCAAAAGGCCCUCAACAGCUCCUCCGGCCGACAUGGCUGGCGACAGCAAGCAGGCGGCGCCAGGCAUGGAGCGCCAGUUUGCCGACGUCCUUGAGUCUGCGGCCAAGAUCUACAGGGACAACACGGGGGAGGCGCUCAGCCUCAAGAGCUUCACGACCCCGCCCAUGAAGACGGUCAAGGACCUCGAGCGCCAGCUGAUCCGCCAGAACGAGGACUUUGCCGCGUUUCGUGCCAAGCGCCAGAGAAUCUUCAGCAUCCUUGGCGCCGCCCUCAAGCCCGUCGAGGUCAUAGGCGAGGUCGUGGCGGGUGCGUCGUCGGAAGUCUUCGCCCCAGCGCAAAGCAUUUACUCCGCCGUCCUGUACCUCAUGAAUGCGGCACACAAUGUGUCGGCAACAUACGAUGCUAUAGUCGAGCUGUUUGAGCAGCUGAAGGACUUUACGCCUCGCCUCGAGGUCUAUGUCAAGCACCACAUGUCGCCGGGCUUGUACCAGAAACUAGCCUCCAUCCUCGCGACGUUGUUCGAGGUGCUCAUCCUUGCAUCAAAGGAGAUCCGGGGCGGUCGCGUUAGGGCGUACUUUAAGCGGCUCAUCAGCAUCAAGAGCCCUGUGCAGCCCGCUCUCCAGAAGCUCAAGGACUUGACGGUGGGGGAGCAGCAGCACGUCGUGGCCGAAACGUACGGUGGCGUGUCGCAGCUCAACACAAAGGCCGACCUCAUCGACAGCACCGUUGCCCAGGUCAGCCAGAACGUGCAGAGCAUGCGCCUGGAGCAGCGGGAAUGGCGCAACGUGGCGGCCGGCGAGAAGCUGCGACGGAUCCUGGCGCCGUCUCCGUUCCCAGAGGAUUUCUACAACGCGUUCAAAAAGUCAAGCGUACCUGGCACCGGCGAUUGGAUCACCCAGGACGAGCGUGUGGCUGCGUGGUUUUCGGGCGAGACGCCGUAUCUCUGGAUCUCUGGCAAUCCGGGAACUGGCAAGUCGUAUCUGACUUCGCGGAUCGUUACGUGGAAAAAGGAAAACCUGGACGAGCAUGCCAGUGUGGGAUACUUCUUCUUUCGCUCAAGCACCCCCGAGACGAGGUCAGUGGUGCAGGCUCUUCGAGACGUCGCCUACCAGCUUAGCGAGAGCGAUGGAUUCUAUGCCAAGGAUCUCAUACGGCGACUGCACAGCAGAGACGAUGUCAAGACGGUGUCCAGCGCGUUUCGGCAGCUGUUCCCUGCGGGGACGGGACAGGAGACGGGAAGAAGGCGCUACAUCUUUUUUGACGGCAUCGAUGAAGCCGAGGAAGCGGACAUUGAGGAGCUGCUAUCUGUUUUGGCACCAAGUGAAGAUUCACAGCAGCCAUCAUCGACCCCUCAGUUCCAAUUUGCGCUCGUGGGGAGGUCGCACUUGUCCGACAAGGUCACGGUCGCGCUGGACCCUCCCGUCCCCGGCCAGACCUUGACUAUGGUACAGGUGUCGCCAGACCGCAGCGCCAGAGACGUCAGCGCGUAUAUAUACGACAGCAUCCUACACUCGAGGGUUCUCAGCCGCACUAGCGCCGACUUCAAGAAGACAGUCGCCGAGGCAGUGGAGAGGCAGGCGGACGGGCUCUUCAUCGUCGCCAAGUUUAUGCUCGAGGACGUGAACCGCAAGCGACACCAGAGCUCGAUUCUGGAGAGCCUCCGGUCGUACCCGAAGGAGCUCGAUGGUGUCCUGCAAAAGACACUAGACAACCUCGUCAAGGCGAUAUCCAAAGAGGAGGCGCGAGACCUCAACGAGAUGCUCAGAUGGGUCACUUGCGCCGAGGAGGUGCUGACCUUGGAGCAGCUCGAGGCGGGCCUGAUCAUGGCAUUUGGGGACCCGCCGCUGUUUCUCGAGGAAUCGAUUCGUCGGCAGUACGCGUGCUUCUUUGAGCUCGAGCGUGAAGACGGUCUGACAACGGACGACCUUAUCAAGGACUACGACAGGGCACGACGGGACCCGAGCCGAGAUCUCAGUCCGGCGCGGCGCAUCAGCCCAGGCAGGAGCCUUAGCAUCGGAGAGAACGGAGGCAUCGAGCGUCGUCUCAGUCCUGCAGGACGAGGCAGUCCGAGCAGGCGCUCAAGCCCGGCCAGCGGACGGUUCAGCCCACGACAAGCCAGCCCAGCGCAUGGCUCCGAUAUCCUCGAUUCGGCAAGCGACGUGGAGUUCCGGUCCAACAAGUACCUGACCAGAGUGACCUUCUUCCACACCUCCGUCCGCGAGUUCUUCCGGAGCGGCAGGUUCUCCAAGUCGAUGCGCGAGACGGGCGCCGCAAUCGGCUUCGACAUCAACGAAGCCCGCAUCCACAUUCUCCGCGCGUGCCUGAGGGUCUUUAUCGACAGGGAGUGGUUCGAGAGGCUUGAUCUGGGCCAGGGCAUGGCCGCGAUGAAGCAGUACGCGGCGUGGUACUGGCAGGAACACGUCGCGGCCAUCGAUCCAGCGGAUGUAUCGAGCCAACACAAGCGUGAGCUCGGCCCGCAGCUGUACAGGAUGCUCACCGACGAAAACGUCGUCUUUGACUGGAGCAUCGUGUACGAGAAGAACGACGAGGGGCUCGAGGUCCUGACGGAUCACAACAUCAAGGGCCUGCAGCGGUGGUUCAGAGACGUCGACGUCGCCGACGGACUCGACUCUGCGGGCAAGAAUUUCGCCAAAGCCGCGGGCGAGCACGGCUCUGGCGUCUGUGAGCAAAUCGGCCGGUUCUACGCCAAGGCAUGGCUGGCCAGCGACUUUGGGCGCUACGUGCCGACGCUCUUCUGCUUCAAGAUUGUGCAAAACGUGGCCCUCAUGGACGCCGGUUACGACUGGUCGCAUGCCGGCACACACUGGCCCGACAUCUCCGUCGAGGAUCGUCUCGACAAGGCGACUGUCUGGGCGUCGCAGCCAGAGACGGCGCAUUGGCACCGCCGAGUCGGGAGCACGUACCUGACGCUCGGGAUGCACGCGUCCGCCCUCAAGCACUACGAUGCCGCGCUCAAGCUGGAUAACAACAGCGUCGAGACGUCGGGACGCAUCGCCUUUUGCCUGUACCAAGACCGGCGGUACGGCACCGCGCUGGACCAGGCUCUCGAGUGCGCCGCCAUCGAGGAGCGCAACAUCGAGAGCGGCGCGCUGCAGGGCCCGGCCUUGAGGAAGAGCAAGUGGCGGCUGUACAAGGACUGCUUCCUGAUCGCGCAGUGCGCGUACCGCAUGGACAAGGUGGACAUUGCGCACAAGUACUUUCGCAAGGCGAUUGAGAACGCCGAGGCCGCGUCGCUCGAGGACGACGAGUUCCUGCAGCCCGAGACGGGCUACUUCGAGGUGCUCGCCUCGGAGGGCCUGCACGGCGAGGUGAUGGAGCUCGCCGAGGAGAUGGCCCGGCACCUGACCAAGACGAAGCACGGGCAGAACCGCUUCGUGGACCUGCUGCUGGAGAGGUACUUUUCGCUGCUCGUCAUGGACUGGCUGCCGCGCGCGGCGGCCAAGACGGGCAAGGGCGAGUUUCUGCUGAGCGCGCUGGAGCUCGCCAUCGAGGUCGCCGACGUCCAGCUGCGGGAGACGCUCGUGGUGCUGCACCUGCGGCUCGCGCACGGCACGACGUUUCAGUACGGCCGGGACAUUGACAACGCCAUUGCCGUGCUCGAGCAAAUUGCGCUGCAAGAGUAUCGCCCCCGCGGGAGCAUCACGACGCGGCAGGCGUACGCCGUCGCCUUCCAGAAGCUGGCGGCGCUGUACAAGCAAAAGAUCAUCGACGUAGGCCUGGCGUCGGAGGCGGCCCAGGGGUGGGUGAAGAAGAUGGAGGCGGUCAAGAGCAAGCAGGACCGGCACCACAACUUCAACAUGCCGGCCGACAUGCUCGGGUCCGACGUGAACGCGGCGUCCAUCUACCUGGCGUGCUUCUACCGGCUGCUGGGACGGGCGUCGGAGGCCCGGGAGCUCCUGAGGGGGCUCAUCCAGGACGGCCUGGACCUCCUGUCGGACAGCGAGCCGGGCAACGACGUCUACGCGCUCGACAACCUGCUCCGCGUCUUCAUCGCCGCGGGGGAGGUGUCCAACGCCAUCGCGCUGGCGCGCUCGAUGCGCAAGGUCAACCCCGAGGCGUCGUUUAGCACCAUCAGCGAGUCGCCCGAGGAGCGCCGCGGCGCGCCCAAGCUGCCCGACAUCCAGUCGUACGACCGCAGCUGCUUCCAGUGCUUCAACAACGUGGCGUCGGGCGAGGAGUUUGCCGUGUGCCGGUACUGCAUGGAGAGCUACUGCACGCGCUGCCUGGACAAGGUGAUUCAGGCGCCGGGCAACAAGACGGGCGAGACGGGCAGUGGUGGUGGUGGUGGUGGUGGUGAUGGUGUUGCAGCCAAGGUGGUGUGCCGGAGCGAUCACGAGUGGUUCACCGUGCCGCCGCUGAACCGCCUGCUGCACACGGGAGAGAUUAUGCUCGAGGACGGGCGCGUCUAUGGGUUCGAGGAGUGGAAGGACGAGGUGAGGAAGGCGUGGGACUUGGCGUGAGCGGGUUGAUUCGAUGUUGAUGAGUUGCGGCGUCUGGCGUUGAAUGUUUGAUCGACGCGUCCGUUACAUAUACUUUACAGACGACAUACUUUUUGUAGACGGGCUACAUGUGGCACAUGCUGUUUGGUAGGUGGUGGUGGUCACUGGCAAAAUGACAAAAUUGGAC